AUGGAUGCAAUUUGUAUGAGCGGUGAUCGUUUGUGUCACGUCCACGCUCUGGCUGCAGCGUUACACUCGCUGAUCCUGUACUGUACAGUCAUCUCUGCAGCAUUAAUAUGUUGUUGUUCAACGUCACGGUCAAACUGGUCCGGAACUCGUUGGAGAUAUCAAAAUGUUAGAGGCAUAGCGAGUCUAGCGUUGGGUGUGAUCUGGUGUUGCGGUGGGGCAGCUGCGUCAUUGAGACCUGCUGAUACAGUGAGCCUCGUGGCAGCCCUCAUGCCACCACUGGCUUGGCUAUCAGCCGCGACACUCCACGUGUCACUGUGGACUAGGCGUUCCUCAGCGCCGAUACUUUAUUUAGCAAUAUAUUGGUUGCUAUCCGCAGCGUCAUCAGCCUCAAUUUUAUAUCAACUGGUUCAAGUUGAAAAUGCCUCCAAAAACAUAGAAUUCUAUAUACAUGGUGCUUCUAUGUUAUUAACAUCAAUAAUAGCUGUCAUAGACUGUAUCUGUUUCUAUGACGAGAUGUCACCAGAUAAAACAAAGGGAUUUAAUAUUUGGGAAUGUUACGCUCGCAUGGUUUGGCCGAAUUUUUAUAUCGCUGGUAUUUUAAAGCUGUUCGGAGAUCUUACAGGCAUUGUACCAGCAAUAGGGAUAGCUGUGAUAAUACAAUACAUAGAAAAUCCAAAUACACCGUACAAUAGUAAUACGCAUGUCACUAUUGACGAAUUUACUUCUAAUGGAUUCGUCAUGCUACUAAUUAUAUCGUUAGCACUUAUUGUACAGGCUUUAUUAUCACAGAAUUCGACUCAUUUGGUUACCGUAGAAGGUACUCGACUAAAAAUGGCUUUACAAAGCGUAAUCUAUGACAAAUGCAUGAAAUUAGCGUCAUGGUCAGUGAAUCCCGAAGUGGAAGAAGAGACUCCGUUGUUGCAUAACCCCGAGCAGGAAGCCAACACACAGUCAGGGCUGCUGAUGAAUUUAAUAUCACAAGAUACUUAUAAUGUAUCAGUAAUACUGUAUCUUCUCUACGCUCGUUUAGGACUGAGUGCCAUUAUAGGCACUGCUUGUAGUUUAUUGAUAGUUACGCCAUUACAAUUUUAUAUCGGGAAGAAAAUUGCUUCCUUCACGACACAAAUCUCUGCUGUCCUAGUAACCGUUGUAACUUUUACAACACACUACAUCCUUGAAGACAGCAGUACCUUAACAGCCACGAAAGUAUUUUCUGGAUUAGUGCUGUUCAACCAAUUGACGAUACCACUUCUAAUAUUACCAGUUACUAUAUUAAUGAUAAUCCAAGCGAUGGUCAGCACAAACAGAAUUAAAGACUUCUUGGAACUUCCGGAGGCUUUUAAUGUACCCGAUGAUAACAUUCACAGUGAUUCAUAUGACAUGCACUCGGAAAAAACCACUGACGACUUUUUAGAUAAUCCUCUAUCUGAGAGAGAAGAGUUUGAAGAAGAAGUGGAUGACAGAAGUAAAGAAAAUAAAGAGAUAAUUCAGAGCGAAGACAUUUUGAUCUCUUUUAAAAAUGCAGCUUUUUCUUGGAGGAUGAAAGAUAAUGCCUGGCUUGAAAUAGAUGAAUUGGACAUUCCAUUGGGAAAAUUAAUCAUGGUUGUUGGAUCAUCUGGUUCGGGUAAAUCAUCGCUACUUUCGGCCAUCUUAGGAGAAAUGUAUCGAGAACGUGGAGACGUUAAAAUAAGCGAAAAAUGUUCAAUGUGGUAUUCUGGACAGCCGCCUUGGCUUCUGGAAGGUUCUAUUCGAGACAACGUGUUGAUGGGCGGUACGUGGAGUGCGAUCAGAUACAACCGGGUGAUGCGCGCCACUGGUUUGAGGCCAGAUCUGCAACUUUUACCUGAUGGUGAUAACACACAACUGGGUAUGUCUGGGGCGCCUCUGUCGGGCGGACAACGCGUACGACUCAGUGUAGCCCGCGCCUUGUAUUCCCGCUCGAGGCUCAUCGUAUUAGACGAGCCUCUGGGAGCCCUAGAUGUACCUCUGGCCCGCCACUUAGUAGUGAGAGCACUGCUUCCAGCGGCGCGGGCCGGUCGGACGAUCAUACUAGCUACCAACAGACUCGAGCUGCUCCACUACGCGGAUUUAGUAAUCGUAAUGGAGGACGGCCGUGUGAGUGUGUGUGGUCGUGUGAGCUCUUCGUGUAACGGUGCUAUCAAGCAGUGGGCUCAGCUGGCGGCGGAGGCUCGGGAGUCGGCAUCACGAGGAAGUCAGGGACCCACAGGUGGGGCCGCUAGAGAACGAUCACAUUUAAUGCGCGCCGUGAGCCGAACGCAAUUUCAGAUGCAUAUAUCUGAGGAAUCCAUGCCGCAGGUGGGAAUCAACGAAGUGGCGGGCGCACAUCUAUUAACGGAAGUUCCAACAUGUGCCGGAGGAAGCUGGAGAAACACUCAAGCAGGUCUGAUGCAACUCAAGAGUCGCAUCAGACCUGCUUUACCGAGACAGUUUUCCACGCCAUCUCCAGAUAUGCCUCGCGCUAAAUGGCUACGAGACGUAAGACGGGCCGCGAGCGUGGACGCCUCGAAUGAGGCUCUGCAGCAAGAAGCAAGUUUAAUAAGACGCGUACUACCGAGUCGACCUUACAGGACACUUUAUAGCAGAUGGACUCCGUGGAGUUUACGUCGCUUCAUCAGUACCGACUCGGAUAAGGAAAUACAACAUAGUCAUCAGAAUUCUAACAACGGGCCCGUGGAAGUCCCCGACUUGACGUUGACUUCGGUAACUAGUAAUGGCAUUGAGACAUCCGCCACCAUUCCAGAUCUCCCGCUCACUAAUAAAGAACAAGAACCUGUUCUACACGAGUCCGCAGUAUGGUGGCAGUAUUGUCGCGCGUGUGGGUGGUGGGGCGCCGUGUACGUUGUGGCGGCGACGUUGACUCAGGGUGUAGCGAUGACCGCCGACUGGUGGCUCACUCGACUCACAGACUCUAAUAACCGGAACCCUCUAUCCGAUAAACAGGUGUGGGAUAUGAUCCUCACUUACUCCCUGUGGUGUGCGGGCGGCGUGUUACUCGCCGGGUUUGCGCAGGUGGCCUGUGCCUGUGCGGGAGCAAGUCCCGUCGCAAGCUUCACGAGAGACUCCUUCACGCUACACUACACGCCCCGCUGUACCAUCAUCACACACACCCCGCCGGAGACGCAUUACACCGCUUCUCCUCUGACACUCUAG